CGACCGUCAUUCAUUGCACAUCUCUACAGAAAUAUGGCAAGUCUUAUUUCUUGGUGCUUUUUGAGUUUGUGUGUUUUUGCACAUCACAUAAGAGGUGAUGUGUAUUUUCAUGUACCAAGAGGUUCAAACGAUAGGCUGAAUGCGGCCAAGGCCAAUCGUCAAAAUGCAAACAGAGUAUUCGACUCCCAGGUAUGUAGUGUAUAGACCUUCUGUGAACAGUCAAGUAAAGUUUCAGUCUACUUAAACUUUAAUUUCUUUAUUUAAUGGGAUUUUUAUGCAAAUGUGGAAAGUACAGGACCGUGGAACUUAAAUCUUGAAGUUAGGGCCGCACAGAGUAAUUUGUGAGUUGGAGGCAAAAUUAUAUGUAAGGAGCACUAUGAUUUUCCACCAUUAGAAAUUCUUGAGGUCCUGUACUUGUUUAAAAACUGAUUCCAUAUUCUUAGGGCAAUCAGCAAGACAUAUAUUUCCUUUGCAUGGUUUCGAAUCGGUUUAAAUACCAAUAUCAAUGCGUAGUGUCCCUGUUAAUGUGUAGUAUCCCAUGAAGUCCUUAUGUUUAUUUGGGGCGCACGUACAGCUUUGGGCUCCAUGUAUAGCAGGGCAAAUUGACCCUUUUGCUCCCGUCCCGGACUCCCCCUCACUCCUUUCCUGAAUUUACGUUACCGUGUGUUCUAUACCAAUUCAUUUGCUCACACGAAUCCAUUCAUUUGAGACGCUUGGCCAAUUUACCCGCAACUUGCUGCAGUUGAUCAUUUCUUGUUACUUCCUGCCUCUUUAUGAUUGGUCAAUUGCAGCGAAACCAAUCGUGAUCGGUGCAUUCAUACAGGAGGUUUAUCAAUUAUACAAAUUUCAAAGAGGUUAUCAAAUCAAUUGGUUCAUGCAUGUACAUGAGCAAAUAAAUUGGUAGAAUGUUUUUGGAACACAUCCAUUGCCACGACAGUAAGGUAAUACCUUAUCUAACUGUAUUUUACCUGAGAUUGAAGUAGUCUAUUUAACCUCAGUUUAACAGAAGGUUAUACUAGAUAUAUCAGAGAUUAUAUAUAUCAGAUAAUUUCUGAACAGUGAAUCAAUGUUCAAUAAUCGCACACUUACGUCCUUUUUUAGAACAACGCAAAAGGUGGAUACAAUGCUGGCGAAAAAACGCAGAAAAAAACAACCGAUUGGUAUCACAUGGUGAGUUCUAUGACGUAUUAUUUAGUAAAGUAAAAAGCCCAAGUCUGACAAUCAUCAACGGUUUUCGGUCAAAUGAUAAACCGGCGGUUUGUACCACUACACCUUUAGAAACCCAGGAUCUGGUAAUGUUUAGUUCUGCCGGCAGUACAAAAUUUAUUUCAUUCAAACGAUAUUUUAUGGUCAGGAAAACAUUUUCGUCACACGAUUCAUCCCGGGUUGCUGAUCUUGCCCAGCACAUAAUGAUCCCCAAGUGAAGUGUUUCCAUUAUCACAUGUACCCAAUCUACCAGUUGAUGUAUGAUAUACUAAUGUCAUGCAGCUAUACUGUGGCGGGCAUGCACUCUUAUAGUGAUAGCGUAUAAACUGUAAACACAGGUUGAAACAACGAUAAUCAACUGAAGUGUAUUCAAAGGAUACCAUGAAUUAUGUGACAACAGGCAUAAACACAUCUAUUGGCAGCAUGCUUUAAUAAUUAUAGGUCUAUUGGCAGCAUGCUUUAAUGAAACUUUAAAUUUCUUUGUUCUUCACCAAUAGCUAUACUUUAUGAGUGGAGCUCAAGAAUCUGAUGCACCCACAAUACUGAAUCUUGAAUGGACCAAUCAACAUGGUUGUGGUGAUGGAGAUCUCAACUGUAACAUUGUCUUGCAAUAUCAAUGUCGACCUUCAGGACAGAAAUGUCCAUAUCGAGAAAUUAGGAACGGUAAGAUAAUCAAUAUUUUUUUAUAUGUACCUAUAUAGUGUGUGUUUGGCACGCGGGCCAUGUUUGGCGAAUUUUCUUUUAGUAUAACGGGCUUGCCUAUAUAAAAAUCCAUUAUCUUAAUUUGCACAGGCAAGUCGGAAGCUACGCCUGUUUAUGGACAGCGGAAUUAUAGAAACCAAGGACAAAAAGAAAGACACAGGAAGGGCCAGGCUCGUACAGACAGAGUGUAUAAUGAACAAUGGGAAUGGUACGACAAAUGCAGAAAACGACAAAGAAAUUUAGGUAUGGACUGUAAAUCAUUGCAGUAUAAGUAACCUAUUUAUUAGGAUUUUGUCACCGAUAUGUACAAGAAUUAAAAAAAUAAAAUAAGUUCUGCAGGUUACCACGAAAAGUCGAUCUCGAUUUGAAUUCGCAUCUUUGUGUUUCUACACCGCCACUCUGCCCUUGCAUUAAGCUAUGCUAUCGAGUCAACGGAGAUUGAUAGCGAGUCUUAUUCAAUUUAAGUGAACAAACUGUUUUCGUGACGACUUAACGCUUGUCUCGGAGGACGCACAGUGUUUCAAUUCUAUUUCAGAACUCUCAUUAGAGAUAUGAGCGUUUUUUAUUUCUCUUAAGAGGGUUCUAUAACUAGCAUAAAAAUAAAUGUAGAUUAAGAUAGAAAUGUGAUGAGAUAAAAUAUAAUUUGUAACUAGAUGCUUUAUCUACCUAGGUUUGUUCACAGCGGAUCAAAAUCUCAAAGGAGAUACAAGCAGGUACACAAGGCAAAAUGCAAAUGGUAAUCGAUAUGGUUACGAAUGUCCUGAGGAGCGAGAUUACUACCCGUACUUUCACCCAACGGAUUGGAUAGACAUUGCAGUCUUAGGGAAAAGUUCAGAUUGUGGUUAUUACAAGAGGGAAAGUUUCAAUACCAAACCCAAAGGUAAGCAAGUGUCCUCGUUUGCUUUACUAAGAUGUAGAUAUUACAGAAAACAUGGCUUGAUUCAGGUAGGUUUUGUUUAAAAAAUCGUAUGCGAGCUCUUUUCCGACCUUUUCCAUCGCCAAGUAGGCUCUUUGCAGUUAACUUGCAAUAAUUGAAAACAAUAAGCGAGUGGAGAGCAUGGAGAGCUGUGGGAUUUGUAAACAAAGUAGUAAGACAAAGCACAGCAUUUCUGUUGCCCUCCAGAUAUUGUUAUUAAGUAUUUUCAAGCCAGUUGCAAAGGGCCUAUUAUGUUUAAUUUGUUGGCGACUGUGACCUUAUCAUGCCAAUCCCCACCAUGCAAGUCCCUGCAAUGCAAGUCCCCACAAUGCAAAUCCCCACCAUGCAUGUCGGACUGUCCCUGCAAUGCAAGUCUCCACCAUCCAAGUCCCCACAAUGCAAAUCCCCCACCAUGCAAGUCCCUGCAAUGCAAGCCCCACAAUGCAAAUCCCCACCAUGCAAGUCGGACUGUCCCUGAAAUGCAAGUCUCCACCAUGCAAGUCUCCACCAUGCAAGUCCCCACAAUGCAAGUCCCCCACCAUGCAAAUCCCCCACAAUGCAAGUCUCCACCAUGCAAAUACCCCACCAUGCAAAUCCCCACCAUGCAAGUCUCCACCAUCUUCGUUUCCUUCUUUGGCUGCUCUCGAAUCAUUUUCAAAUGCUUAUUUAAAAAAAAAAUGGGGCACCAUGGAAGCUUUUGUCCAAGCUUUUAUUCCUUGCAUUUGCAUUCUUGGAUCCAAGCCCUACUGCGCUGUCCAAUAGAGCGAUAAAGCCUGGGAACCAGCGGGAAACAUGGCGAUAUAACAAAAAUUUCCUAUUGUCUCAAUCAGGUGUUUUUUUGCGAAAAAUCUCAGUGAUCUCUGUGAUUAUUUUCUACCUGUAGGAGAAUGUAUGGAAUUGUACAACAAGAACGCGGACUACAAGGAAAACGUGAACACGUGGCGUCACGCAUCUAAAUACAAUAACAAAGAAGACUGCGAGAAAAAUAAAGGAAAAUGGGUCACGUUCCAUAACUACCUCGAAGAAACAGACCUUGAAAAAAGCCAAUGUACCCGGUUGCCAAACGGCCGACGUCUCAUAUGGGCCAUACCUUAUCGUUCAGAAAAUGUGGACCAAUUUAAAGGAAAUGAUACUGAGGGGUGGAAACGAUGUUUGGUUUCACUGAGCCCACCAGACUGUCGUCCAGCACCCUACUCACGUUCCAAUCACCUUGGCAACGGAAAGGGUGCGGUUACUCUAAGUUACCCGUGGAAACUGCCAUACUUUCCUUCCAGUGUAGAGCAGAAGUGUGUGCUUAGAAUAAGGUAUGUGCAGUAUAAAUACGCCGAGCAACAUUGGAUAAGUUUGGCUGUGAUUUGAUUUUAAUUAAACUACCAACAAGAAUUUGAAUGCCACCAUCGAUAACUUUUGCAUAGUUACGAAAGUUAUCGAUGCAAAAGUUAUCCUUGUUUUUGAAACAACUGUGAAUUGUGAACCAUCCAGUGGUGUAGCCAGCCCGACUAUUUGCUCCUACUAUGCAAAUAUUUCUGUGUUCAUAGACUGUAAAAACAAUGAAUUUCUAAAGAGAUGAAUAAUGAUAAUGCUUUGAAAUUUAUAUAGCAGGAGUAAUUUUUCAGGCUGGCUACGCUACUGGAACCAUCAAUAAUUCACUAUUCACGAGCAGAAUACACUGGUGAUGAAAAAUCGGCACCGGAAUUUUAUCUUGACACCACGUCCCAAACGUCCAUUACGUUUUUUCAGGAUUUUGUUCAACAUUGUCUUCAAAGAAUCAUUACAAACUUUGAAUAAUUUUUAAUUUGAGUGCAAUUGAAUUUAUUUAGAUAUAACAUCUCAACGAACGACUAUGAUCCCAUGAAGACAUUCUCUGAUUCAAAUGGUGCCGAGUAAGUAGUCCGCACUUCAAUAACUGUUAGUUUGCGUUGAGGAGUUGCAGUUUAGACGAUAUAUCUCCAUGCUGAACAAUAUUAUGGUAAAGACGGGUGCUUUUUCCCCCUAUUCUGGCGAGUGAAAAAUGGUUUAUGAAUGCUUUUAAAUUUCAAUUAAAGCUGACAUUCGAAUGUUGAAGAAUGAACGCAUGAGAUCACCCUUGAGAUUAUGGGUUCGAUUUUCUCGACUCUGCAGACUCAUGACACUCGUGUGAAAAGAGUCUGUAAACGCAUUGCCGAAAUUUGUGGGUUUUCUCCGAAUACUCCCGCGGGAAUGUUGACGAGGAGGGUUGGGAUUAUCCCCUAUAUGACUCUUUUACCGUAGCUGUGCUCCGUGGUCAGACAUGAGUCAUAACGCGGCUGCCAGAAGCGCCCUUAGAAAGCCUUCGACUCGAUCAGGUUGAGCUGCGUCCUUUACAUCUCAGCUUAGCUCUAAGCUUUGCAAGGAUGCUUAGCAUACCCCCCACUUACGUACUGACAUUCCCACUUGCUAAGAAUAGAAGGAACUGAUAGAACCAUAACAAAAAUACUAGUUUGUUCCAUGUUAAUGAACAAUAAUCUCUCUUUUUUUAUGUUUCCCAUGUUAUGUACUCAGAAUAUAUGUUAAAUGUUGUCUCUGACAUCUGUUUGUGACGUUAGCCUGCCCAGUGUGGAUACAGUCAGAGACAACAUUACAAACACCAAAAUAAUUUCUAAUUCCGAUAACUAAAUAUCCCCAUUUAGCAACUCCCCGAUCACGAACGACCCCGAAGUAUUAUUUGGAAAACCAGGCAACAACAAGAUCCCUCUUCAGUUGGCCAUCAACACCGCUCAGUUUGGUCGCACAUUCCAAGAUCGCUCGCACGUGUUCAAAAUAAUUCCAAGACAGAAGCAUUUCGAGGAUAAAAAAAUUUGGAACAUGAACGUCCGAGGAAAGAGAGGAAACAUAGUCCAAGUUUAUCCUGCAGUAGAGUAUGAUUUUACUCCAAAGAGGUUGACGAUAAAAUCGAGUGAUCACUUACAUGUCCAAUGGGAGGGUAAGUAUUAUAUAGCAUAGGUUCAAUUUUUGAUUUGCAGAGUUUUCUAUAUACCAAGAUGUAUUCUAAACCCGUAAUCUUAUAUAUUAUUAAAUAAUUAAUUAUCCAAAGUUCUCAUUUCAUGCAGGUUCUAACACAAAUCCAGCGAACAAUGCAGGCGAAGGUCGAGCUCGUAAGUAAAUAUACUUUUUAUUCAUGCGUUUCAUACAGUAUGUUGGGAGGCAUCAGUUGGCGAUCAAAAAGGUUGACACUUUAAGAUUUGUUAAUCAAAUCUCUUUCUUUUUUCCUUCUCGCCAAUGACUGCUACAUGUGAUGAAAAGAAUUUUCUUGUAGAAACUGACAGGAGCAAUAUGGUGGCCAUGGAAGAACCUGACAGAAGCUUCCCUCAUUAUGGCGCCGUUUCCAGUCUUUUUGACGACGCCAAAGUUAUUCACGCUUUGGAUAGCAGACUCGAUAUGACGUCAGCGGACAUAGCAAUUGCUAUGGCUACGGCGGGUAAGUAUAACGACGCAACCAAUGUUCCAGCUGAUCUCAAUAAAUUGGAGCAAUGCAAUCGACAGCAGUUAGCUCAACUGGAUUGCUAUCCACCAUCCUACGCAGGCUUGUUGUUGCAAUUCAAGAAAGGUGUCUAUUAUUACAUGUGCUCUCGUAAUAAUAAUUUCACAAACCGAAGUCAAAAAGGCAGGCUCACCGUCAGUGACUGAAAGUGACUCGUGCUGUAUUAUUGAAAAAUUGUGUCAAUAUAAUUGACUUGUGUAAGUCAAAAUUAUGGAGCACGAUUAAAAUGAAUUAUGUCAAGAAGUUUGUGUUUUGUGUUUAAGCAUACUGGGUUUUACUGAAAGCAUCAUUUC